AUGGUAUGCCGCUCUAUGCGCCAGCAAGAGCUUGACCGGUACCUUCAAACCCUUUUCACCCUCGAAUCCAUCGUCAUUCAAUGUCGCCUCGUCUCCGAGUUCUUUGGUACCUGGAAGACUGACCUCCAGUGCCUUCUCAGACAGGAAGACCAAAACCCCCUGGCCCCUCACACCAUCCCCCUUUUGGCACCAACCCCCACGAAAAGGCCCGCCUCGAGUAACUCAUCUUCCAGCACUGUGAACCCUCGCAUAAGGAGCAACUCGUCUCUAUCGACUCCUCCAUGGUCGUCGGACAAUAUGUCAUCUUCAUCAAGCGUCGACACAUCACCCGCCCCCUCCCCAACCAUGUCACCCUCGCCGGAAAACAAACGAGGAUGCUCCCUCUGGGAUGUCCGUAUGGAUUUGUUGGAUUCGUCCGCCGUCGACCGAUGCAACAUCGUCUCCCCACCCGGGUCGUCCUUCCACAGCAGCUAUGGCUCUGAGCACAGCGAUGAUGCCAGCAGCUACUAUACGUAUGCAAGCGAUGACGAGAGUGACACCUAUAGCAUAAUUAUGAGCAAGUUUCCUGAGACUCCAAGCACCCUUCAAACGUCGACCUCUUUGCAGAACUCGACGGAAUUUAUUCAACGGCUCCCGAGCCCCUCAUCUUCCUUUCCCACCCAUUUUUCGUCCUCUUCUUCGCCCCAUUUGCCCCUGCCUCGAGCACUUCCAGUGGCGCCUUCCAUGACCUCCAUCGUUCCACAGCACAAGACUCCCAGGUCUUUUGGAGAGGGUACUCUGCAAUCCGAACUCUCUUCACCCUUGAAUUCUAUCCCUCCAAGAACUGUCUCGCUCGUGGUAAGCAACCCGGGCAGUGGUUCUGGCCCUAGCAUCCCACACCGCAGACCUAGCUCAUUGAACCCUGAGGCUCGAUCACGUAGGGCUCGCCAGGAUCAUACAAGGACGCCCUCCAACCCGAUCAACAAUGCUUGCAACAACAACUGUAACAACUCGACAGCGCCCAUCUCGAUCCCUCCCAAGCCAGCAACGCGUUUGCUCGCAAAGGCUCAGGCCUAUGUCUCCACGUCUCCGCUCUAUACCGGCCCUCCUCUGACAGUACCCAUCCGCUCCAUCUCGAAGCCGACGCAGAGCAUCACUAUCCAACCGCAGGAAAAGAUGGCCAAAGAGAAGACUCCCAUGACUCUUACCCCUCGAGUGAUACCUAAGGCGACAACGACUAGCAGAGCACCCCUGAAACCCAAACCAGCCAAGACGAGCACAGCACCUUUGGAUAUCAAAGCUCCAACCCCUGCCAAGCGGAUUCUGAAGAGCCAGAAACCGCCGUCGAUUGUUGCAGACUGUAUGGCUGGGAUAUCAAACUUUACCAUUAACCUCAACGCGACAAGCGGUCUCGACUCUUCCGCGUGCGCGAACCUACAGAGCCCUUCAGAGACCCGACCCUCCCAGAGUAUCAUCGCCACUCUGAACCAUGCCCAUGCCCAAAAGCAGCUGUCUGCCCAAAAGAUCACUCUUGCACAUCAACGGCAGCAGCCAGUGAGAUUCAUGGCGACGAUAAAGGUGGUGGUCAAUGCGCACUUGAUUAUUGCCCUCAAGAUCCUGGAGGAGGAGACUGAGUUUCUUUUAAGUGUGCCCGAUCUGCGGCUGCGGGUGAUGAACAAGUUCCGGAGGAUGAGUAUGGCGAUCUCGGACGAGUUUGAUCUUGUCUGGGAUGGAGGGAAUGGUUCGCAGGUGGUGCUGAAGAACGAUGAGGAGAUUCAGAAGGCGUUGAAGGCCUCUGUUAACAACAAGCUUACUCUUCGAUGCGUCUUUUAA